AUGGAAUUUUGGGACGGGGACCUGGACAAAUUGACGGGGAUAUUCCUCGGCGAUGGCUACCCAAACGAAGUAAUACAAAGAAACAUACGGCCAACAUUGAGUAACUGGAAUAUUCAGGUGGUCAUGAAGGAGAAAUCAACACUUUUCACAAGUCUACCAAUGCAACAUGAAAGGGUGGACAAAUUGGAUUGUUCAGGAGCUUACUGUAUCUCAUACGGCGCCUGCGAUCAGAAAUAUAUAGACGAAACAAGGAGAAAAAUUAGCACACGAAUCAAGGAGCAUCAGAGGCUAUGCAGGAAAAUGGAUACCGAAAGAUCAGAAGUAGCGAAACACAUCGCACAGACUGGACACGAGAUCAAUUGGAAGGCAACAGAAAGGAGAGCUCCAUACGGUGACAACACAAGGAAGCGGAAGAUUAGGAAGGCCAUUGACACACUUUGGGAGAAAAAUCUAAUGGACAGGAAAUUGGAGGAAGGUAGAAUUAGCGAUAACUUUGCCUACUGCGCAAACAAACUCGGGGAAAACAAGAAUAGGGCUAGACCAAAAAAAAGGAGAUGCCUGGAUCAAGGAUCCACCGCUAACCGGAGGAAAAGGGAUCGCGAAGAAUAA